AUGGGUCGAAUCUCUGGAGUCGAAUCCAGUGCAUCAUGCACUUACAACACAACGCCCAAUCAUGGUCUUGAGUUUACACGUGAAGAAGGAAGCCGUAUCUGCGGGUACACCGACGCAGACUGGGCCGACGACAUUGAGUCAAGACGAAGUACAAGCGGCUAUGUGUUCAUGAUGAGCGGAGGAUGCAUCAGCUGGAAAAGCCAGAAACAACGGACGGUCGCGCUAUCUUCAACAGAAGCAGAAUACAUGGCGCUUUCCGAAGCAACCAAAGAAGCAGUAUGGCUCAAAGUGCUUUUGGGGGAACUUGGUGAGAUGACAAGCGACGAAGCGAUCAAGAUGUAUGAAGACAACCAAGGAUCAAUCGCUCUCGCCAAGAACCCGGAGUUCCAUAAGAGAACAAAACACAUCGACAUACGCUACCAUUUUGUGCGUGAGAAGGUGGAAUCAGGUGAAGUCGUUUUGGAGUAUUGCCCGACUCAAGAUAUGCUGGCAGACAUGAUGACCAAGCCGAUCGCCGCUGUACAAUUUGAAAACAUUCGCGAUCGACUUGGGAUCCAAGGUGCCGCAGCUAACGAGUCGAGAGGGAGUGUUGAAAAGACAGCGGCUGUGAAGAAGACACCUCGUCAAGCUGCGUCAAGUGUUGAAGCAAGUGGAAGACCAAGCUUCGCUAUACCGGUGGGUACCGGUAUGUACCAGUAA